CCCUCCCAAAGCCCACUUACACUGUCGCUUCGCUUCGUCAUCCACCCUCAACUUUUUUCUGCAACCCCAGUCCCCAGUUAGGCAGUCACCACCGCACCGGAAUCGGCUUCCCUCAAGGCAAGUCCGUGCCCACUCCGUUCCAACCGCUAUUUGCAAUCUUGCAUUGGAAAUAUCUCCCAUGAAAUAAAGCAGAUAAGUACGGAGAUAUUCUCAGCUCUAACUGCUCUAAUGGGCUUUGCUCAAAGCCUGACUCGAACUCGUCACCACCAUCCUCGCCCUUCCCGCUGACGAAAUGAAACCAACUAUUUGUCGUUCCGACCGCACUCUUACUCUUGGCGAUGAAAUUCUCCGCUUCCCAGUUCCCAGGAAGCGCGUGGCCUUUGGGCUGCGUAGUGUUUGCUUCUGUCCCUACGGCAGACUUGAUCCUUUAACUGUCUCCAACUUCAGAGCCAUGUGAUCAGGCUCUUCCGGUUCGUCUUAUAAAGGCACAUUGGUUCAGAAAAUCUUUCCGAGGUGGUUUCUCGUGGCCGGUCGGUAGGGGCGGAAGGACAAGGGCGAGGUGCCCACCAUUGGGUCUAGCGACGAAAAUGGAGACUAUGGAUUCAAUAAGUCCUUCCUUCUCGACCACUCGAGGUUUUCUGUUCUCUCCCUGUGCUUGUGCUUGUCUGAGAACGACAACAGUGAUGAAAUCAAGCUUGACCCCAACCAUAGGAAUGUUGAAUUUCAGAUUGCAAGGAGACCAGGGUCACCUUCGCAGCUCAAUAGUGGAAUUUUUUUCUUUGGAUCUGUGCUUGAAGAUACAGCAAAGAUAUGGCUGGAGAAACUGCAAAGAUAUGGCUGGAGAAACUGGUGGAAGUGGAAUUCACAUUAAAAAAAAUGGACUACAUGACACUCUUGUACAAGCAUCUAGUUCACAUAGACUAUGUGCCAUCACACAUACUUCAAGCAGCACAAUACAUAUAGCAACAAUAUAUAUAUAUACUCUAAAAUCUGAGAUUACUGCACUUCUCCGUGGUCUGAAAAUAAUCCAUUCACUGAAACUGGGAUGGUCAAAUAUGAUGGUUGAAGGGGAUUGCAAGGUGGUCCUUUGCUGGAUGGAGAUGAAAAAGGAGGGUCCUUGGUUACUCCAAGUCUCCAACAGGCUUUUCUGUAAGAAUUUUCAGAGUGUUCACUUACUCUGAAACCCAUCAGUCGGUUCUUUUUGAGGAGGAACGCCAAGGAGAAAGAGCAUUCAUUUUGUUGGUCACAAUGCUUGUACUUGUGAAUAUUUGUCUAUGUAGUAGUACAUAUUGUAUGUCUGUUUCUGGUCUUAUUUUAUUCUUACACGGUAGAAAACAUUGUGCUUCAAAACUGUUGCCUUCUGAAGUUUACUUUCUCCUUUUUCUUUUGAGUUCCUUGGAAAAAAAAGCACAUUUACACCUGCAACGCAAACACAUCGAAUAUUUACGACUGCAAAAUUGGCUUUCA